AUGACGGAACUUCCAGCAGAUGACCAUGGUGGAUUGGAGUCCAAGGCCCCAUCAGCAUGGAAAAGAAUGGCGGCGAAGCUGGGACUGAACCUUCCCAUGGUAUUACUCAUGUGCAAAGGGGCAAUAGCACCGACGAUUGGGAUAGCAAUAUACCAGAAUAGCAGUGUCGCGGCACAUUAUUCGACAAUCGGUUAUCUUAUUCCAAUCAUGUCAAUCUUGACUGUACCGAUAAUGCCUCGAGCAAGAUUUCUACAAAACCUCAUCAUCACUUCGCUUCUCGUAUGUCUGGCGGCGGCAUUGUCACUUCUAGCUAUGUGGGUUGGAGUAAAAGCUCGGGAGAACACAACACAUGCUGCAGAAUCAUCAAAGUCCACUGGGCCUGUUCCUGGUGCUCUGAUCAGUCCAUACAAUGCAGCUGCCAGCGUCAAUAUGGCAGUGUGGUUCUUCUUCAUGGUUUGGUUAGCCAACACAUUUCGUGCCUACCGACCUCAGUAUUUCCUUCCUUCUAUUUUAUUCGGCAUAUUUAUCAAUGUCACUGGAUCAUAUGGACCGCUGUUCAGCUUGAUGGUAGAGUGUGAAGCUUUGGUAUCACGAUUGUUGGAGACUUUCUUCUCAGGCUUCGCAAUCUCCUUUGCAGUCAACCUCUUUAUCGUUCCAUUCACAUCACGAAAUCUAGUUUCGAUGUUUGUGACCCACGAAAUACAAGGAUUCAAGGCCGUGUUCCAAGCACAUACUCAAUAUAUGCUCUCACUUCCAUCCCGAGAUUGGUACGGAUCCAAGCAGGGCUCUGUAGAGUCCGAGGCAAGCAAAGACGAUGAUCCUUUCACAAGGCCCACACAAUGGCCAGAGGCUGAUGCUCUCAAGAAAGCAGCAACAAUGGUUACGGAGCUUCAGGUCAAGAUGAUAGCCGAACUUCGAUACGCAAAACGAGAGGCAGACUGGAGCAAGCUGAGUCCUGAUGACUAUGGGACUCUGGUGCGACUUUGCAAGAAUAUCUUGCUACCUAUCCUUGGCAUGGAGUCACUCACCGAAGUAACAGACCGGCUUGAGAAGCGUGGUGGAUGGUCUUCGAUACGAUCACCGAACGACAAUGCCUUGUCAGAGAAAGAAUUCGGCACCCUCGAAGCGAAAGAGAAGGAACAGUGGCAUGUGAUAUUCGAGCAGCUACAUGAACCCAUUCUUGAGCUGCAGAAGACCAUGGCUGAAGGGCUUGAUCAUUCCUUGUACCAAUUGGAGCUUGUGAAGAAGCCGAAAGUUGCAGUUAGAGGUGAUGUUGAGGCAAGCGCGGAGGACAAUGGACCUGGACGCAAAGGCUUUGCAAAACGUCUGGAAACGGGAAUAGAACAAUUCCUAAAGCAACGUGAAGGUCCUCUCAGGGAGUGGUGUGCGGAGAAAGGCAUGGAUCAUUCCACAGAGCGAGAUAGUAUGAAGCCCAACCAUUAUCCUUUACAUCAAAGACACCAAUCUCAGCUCUAUCUCAUUCUCGAUCUUGAAUACUCUUUUCUGAUGGCUGCGCGAGCAAUACUGGAUCUCGUCAAAUUUGCCGACUCAAAAGUAGAAGAUGGAACAAUGGCACAGAAUCGACUCAUCUUACCCAGCUGGAGAAGGAUAAAGAAAUGGAUUAUCGCAUCAUACACUCGAGAAGAUAGUAAUCUCGAUUACCAUUCCUACAGCACACGCUCCGGAACUCCUACAGUCUACCUCCAUGAUGCUCUCCAGUCAGAUCAGGACCCUGAGCAUUUACCACCUGUUACGCUGUGGGAGAGAUCAACAGAAAAACUUCGAGGUAUCACACAUUUCAUCUCAUCUGCAGAGUCUGCCUUUGGAUUUCGCGUCGCUGCUGCUACGAUGUGCAUCAUGAUUGUUGUGUACUUGAGAAAUUCCCAGCAAUUUUUCAUCGAGCAACGUCUAGUAUGGGGUUCGAUCAUGGUGGCUAUCAGCAUGACCCAGACCGCUGGCUCCGGUAUCUAUGGGCAAUUUGUCAGAUUUGGAGGGACUGCACUCGCCAUGGUUGCAUCAUAUAUCGACUGGUACAUUGUCAAUCAGCAUACCGCAGGCAUUAUCGUCUUCCUUGGGAUCACUAUGUUUCUGUACCAUUACCCGAUGAUCCGAUGGCAAGACGAACCUGUUGUGCCAAUGAUUGGAAUGGUCACGGUGGUUCUAAUUGUAGGAUACGAAUUGCAAGUCAAACAAAUUGGUGUCGCUCUUUCAACCUCCAAUGGUCAAGUCUUUCAUCCGUUAUAUGAGCUUGCACCAUACAGAUUAGCUGCAGUCCUUGGUGGAGUUGGAGUGGCUUUCUUCUUCACAUACUUUCCAUCCACGAUCACUUCAAGAAACCAGCUUCGAACAGAUCUCGGUUCUUCAAUUUAUCUGCUGAGUAACUACUACAGUUGCGUCUAUCAAACUGUCAGUCUUCGGAUCAGAAGUGCAGAAGGAGAUCCGGACGAUAAGCAGAGCCCUGGACGGAAGCUUGAAAAAGCUCGCACGAGAUUGUUUGCCAAAGAACUCAUUCUUUUGCAAUCCAUGAAACAUCAUACUGCCUUUGCGGCAUGGGAACCUAGCUUUGGAGGAAGGUUCCCAAGAACUUCAUAUGACAAGCUGAUCAACCAUACUCAGAAUAUCAUUCACUUCACAACCAUGAUCUCCUACGUCACAGAAACAUUCUCCUCUCUCCCAAGUCGAACAACUCAGCCUCAAAACUCCACUUCAUCCUCCGAAGAAUGGCUGCACGACUUCAAACUCCUCGUCUCUACCCUACGCCUCACAUCCCAGAACGUAACCUCCCUGCUCAGCAUAAUCGCGGCCGCCAUCUCGAGCGGAAAACCUCUUCCCCCGUACCUCAAAGCUCCAGAGCCUGUGCAUAUUGGACAGAUGUUGAUUGGAUUGGAUCCCGAUAUUUUGAGCACGAGACAUGUGUUUGAGCCGGCGUAUGCGGCGUUUGCUGUCAUGCAGGUUGCAAUUACGAUGCUGGGAGAUGAUCUUGUGGGAAUGCUGGACGAGGCGAAGAAGUUGGUUGGGGAGGUGAAUUAUGGGGUUGAUGUGCUGGGGAUUCAGAGCUUGGAGCCGAGUGCUGACAGUAGUCAGGUGAAGGUUGGUGUGAAGCAGGAUUGAGCGAGGUGAUGUUUCGGAUAAACUUGGUCUAGAGGGGUCUCUAUUACUUCUACACAUGUACAAUGGGUGGCAUGGUAUUAAUUACUGGGCAGCCAAACGGAUUCUGAGCGGGAAAAAAAGGGGGCUUCCAUGCGUACAUAUCUCUGCUUCUUUUUCGAAACAUUCAUAAAUCCUUCCGACUUCCUAAUGAACUUGAAGGAAUCGUC